CGGGUUAUUAUAAACAUUUACAUUUACCCAAAAAAAAGGAACCAUGCAAUUUCCGGCGGCGAUGGAGGAUGAAAAUUUUGUGUUUAACUUAGUGAUAGACGAUGAUAAUAGUCCAGAUGAGAUGAAGUCCAGCAUAGGUGAAUCAUUUCCUUCAACCUCCGCAAAUGAAACGCAUUCUUCUUCGCCAAUGCAGAUCACUCCCUCCAUUCCUUUCGAUUUCCCGAUGGAAUCGUUGGAUUGCGGAGUGGACAUGAACCCUAAUUCCAAUUCCAAUCCCAAUCUUAUGUUACAGUCGCCGGUUAAUGGAGAAUGCAUCAAUAAUAAUGUUAAUGGAGAAACCUGCAGCCCUUUUAAUAAUCCGGAACCGGAGUUGGAUCACCGGAGAAGCGCCGCCGCCGCGGCUCCGGCAGCUAAAUCCCUAGCUAAUAAUAAUAAUUCUGCCGGCAGUUCGUCCGACGACGGAUACACGUGGCGGAAAUACGGGCAAAAGCACGUGAAAGGGAGCGAGUAUCCGAGAAGCUAUUACAAAUGUACGCAUCCGAAAUGCACGAUGAAGAAAAAGGUGGAGCGAUCGCCGGACGGGCAGAUCACGGAGAUCGUGUAUAAGGGCGCGCAUAAUCACCCGAAAGCUCCGGCGACCAGUCUCCGGCGAUCGCCGCCGUCGUUAGGAGCGGAAAGCUCUUCGUCGGAGAUGAUGAGCCAAGGGAGCGGAUCUUGUUUCAGAUCUCAGGCUCCGAUUUGGGCAAACAUUCACCACUAUGGCAGCAUACCGGAAAGAUCUGCGUUGGCUUCGAGCAGUGAUCUGACGGCUGAGAUUUGCGAUCCGCUGUCGUCGUUGACGACGAGAUCUGCGGCGGCGAUGAGUGGAUUUGAAUCGGCAACAACCCCUGAACCUUCAUCUACACUUGCUAGUCAAGAUUGUGAUGAUAAUGAAGAUGCAGUUAAUCAGGGGAUCUCCCCUUCCCAGUUUGGUGAAGAUGGAGAAUCCGAGCCCAAACGAAGGAGAAAAGAUGGGUGGUCAAUUGAGGCAAAUUUGUCAACAAGAUCAAUCCGGGAACCCAGAGUAGUGCUCCAGAUUGAGAGUGAAAUUGAUAUUCUUGACGAUGGAUAUCGCUGGAGAAAAUAUGGCCAAAAAGUUGUCAAAGGAAAUCCAAACCCAAGGAGCUAUUACAAGUGCACAAGUCCCGGAUGCCCGGUGAGGAAGCACGUGGAGAGAGCUUCCGACGAUUUGAAAUCCGUAAUCACUACUUACGAGGGGAAGCACAACCACGAGGUGCCACCAAACAAGGCGGCCGUUGUAAACUACAACAGCUACAGCUCCGCCUCGGGCACCACGGCCAGCUCAGCCAUGCCGAGAGCUCCGGCUCUCGGCGGCGUGGGCGUGCAAGAUCACCACCCUUCGUUCCCAUUUGAACGGAAACCCAUGAUUGCAGGCGCCGCCGGAGGGGACGAGCUACUAAGGCCGGAAAUGCUCGACUGCUAUGCCGGCGGCGACUUCAGGUUCGUGCCAUCCUCCAUUUACCCGCUCAAAUUCCCUCCUCCGCCGUUGCAGGGCCGGAGCAGCCCGCUGACAGCGGCCGCCGCCACCUUCAACUACAGCCGGCCUCCGGGCAUGGUGCUGCCGGAAUUCCCCAUGCCAUUACUCCCAAUGAGCCUGCCUCCAUUCCAUGAACUCACUAAUUUACCUCCUCUUGCUGAUUUUCUGCACUUCAAUGACCCUAGCACAAAAGAAGAGCACAAGGAGAAUGAUCCCCACACAUCAUUACUAUAUGAAUGAAUGAAUGAAAAUAUGCAGUUCAUCAUCUUCCAUCUUCAUCCAAUUUUUUGCCUGAAUCUUCAAAGAAAGCUCACUUUUGUCUAGACUAGACAUUAGAGUAGGAAAGAAAGAAAGAAAGAAAGAAGGUAUCCAUGUAUGAGAUCAGAGCAUCUUGUCUUCUGGUCACAACAAGAUUUUUCAGACAAGAUGAACGUGUGUGAAUGGGCAUAUAACCAUAGACAGAUUCUGAAACAACAAUGAAAUGUAGUACAUGUUUUGGAACAGGACAGCAUCAAAAUUGCCUUAAUUAUUCAAGAAAUGUUUCACCA